UGCGAGAAAACUUGUGAGGAAGCAUUCAGAAUGAGUAUUUUGAUUGCGAAAUUGUCAUUUAAAUAGAUAAGAAACCGUGAUUCAGUGAAUUGUUUCAGUGGUGUUAUUGUAUACAGAUUAAUAAAAGGGAAAACAAAAUCCAAGUGGAGCUGUUAAAGAGAUUGCUAGCCAUGGCGGGCCCGUCCGACGGGGAUCCCGACGGAUGGGUCGAGUUCUGUGAGCGUCAGGCCAAAGCUGCCGCUCCGGAGUUCGCCAAGGCUACGUAUUGGAAAUACGUCCAGAGUAGUGCCACAGACCCCAUCUCCCGACCCAGCAUAUCCCACAAAGAUCUUCUAAAGAAAUUUGUUGACAGUUUUUCCGACCAGUUCGAGAUAGAAAUUGGUAAACUAAAAGCGCAACACAAGGUCCCGAACGGGACGCACACAGGUCACGACGAAAGCGAUUAUUCGGAGGACACCGACUCGCCCAAAACACAGCACAAGCCAUUCUUCAGAAGAUUAUCAUUUAAAGGACUGAGAAAAGGGAAGGGUCUGUUUCACAAACAGCAUUCGGACGAGGUUGAACUAUCGUCUAAUUUAAACAAACAAAGUAAGACUAAGCUAGCCAAAAUAGUUGUAGAAUGUAGGAAAGAAGGUUUGGUUAAUUAUUUAACUCCUGAAAGUCUGGAGCAGCCCUCCGGCCCGCAAAAAUGGGAGAAGUGCAGACUGGCUCUAGUGAAAACUGUAGGGGGUUACAUGUUGGAAUUCUACUCCCCACCGAAAGCUCAGAAGCCCAGGAGUGGAGUGUUCUGUUUUCUCAUAUCAGAAGCGAGAGAAACUACAGCUUUAGAAAUGCCAGACCAUGAAAAUACUUUUGUAUUGAAGGCCGACAACAACAUGGAGUAUGUAAUAGAAGCUGCAGAUGUAGAUGACAUGAAGUCCUGGCUAGCCACAAUCAAGUACUGCAUGCGAUCAGCGCCAACAACGCAACCCCCACCUGACGCGCUACCCGGCCUACCUGAGCCGGCACCCCCUGAUCUGCCCCCAAGAAGAGAUCUACCUGCAAGCACUAGUAAUGUUGACUUAGCUACUGACACUCCUGAAGAGGCUGAAUUAGGUUCAAUAGCAGAAGAGGCGUGCACGGCGCGCGUGUCGCUGGCGGAGUGGCCGUGGUUCCACGGCACGCUGGCGCGCGCGGCGGCGGCGGCCUGCGUGCUGGCCGGGGGCUCCAACGCGCACGGCUGCUACCUGGUGCGCCAGUCCGAGACCAGGCAGGGCGAAUAUGUGCUCACCUUUAAUUUCCAGGGCCGCGCCAAACACCUACGCAUGACGCUCAGCGAGACCGGCCAGUGCCGGGUCCAGCAUCUCUGGUUCCCCAACGUGCACGACAUGCUGGAACACUUCCGCGCGCACCCCAUCCCGCUCGAGUCCGGCGGCGCCGCCGACGUGACGCUCACGGAGUACGUGGUCAGCGCCGUCGGCGACAACCGACAACUGGGCGUAACGCACGGGAGCGACGUGAGGAUGCGCCGCGCGGAGCUUGAAGCCCUGCUGGUCGCCAGCGGAGCGCCGCACGACCGCGCCGUCGACAACCAAUAUAGUUUCGUGUAAAAUUCGGACAGAGAAGUUAUACACCGUGUUUUUUUUAUUUGCGUUAAUUUCAAAGGGGCAUUCCUGAGCUUAAAUUAAGUAACUUUGUCAGACAUCGGUAUUCUAAUUAACAACAUUUUGGAGAUAAUUAAUAAUUUGGGGCAUUUUCUAUGAAGAAACACAUUUAUUUUUAUCUGAUAAGGCCCCUACGAGCUUGUACACUUGCCUAAGGGCCUGUUUACGUAUUGAUUAGUGUUUAGUACGAGUUUAUACAUUUGCUACUAAACGUAUUAGGUACUAUCUCGGACAAUGUUCGAAAUGACAUUGAUAUGUCACAGUUUUGAAUUGUUUGGUUGAGUUAAAAUUAAUGCCCGUGUUACAACAGUAUGCAACAUUUAAUUAC